GCUUAGCAAACCCGUAAAUUAAGCGAACCCAUCUCUCAAAAUCGGUUGGGGGGUCCAAUUUAAUUACUUCGAUCAGAUAAUAACUGAUUUCAUCUGGUACUUUCCUUGUUUUCCAUGUCGUAACUGCUCUUAGUUCUAUAUUUUACUAUGUUUUAUUCAAAAAUCUAGUACCCAGAUCUGUUUCAGUGACAAAGAUUGUAUCUUUCUUGUAAUUUCCCUUUCGGGUUUGUUUGUACUCUAUCGAUUUUGUUGUUCUUUAGGUCGCUUAAUCGUCCAUUUAUCGCAAUUACCUCUUUGUUGCGAGUUGAGUCUUUCGGAACAUCAUUCAAUUUCCCUGUUGUUAUCUGACAUUCGAUAAUCGAAACAUCUAUUUCCUAUUUGCAGUUGUUCAACUUUUUGUAUCACUUAUUGUAGUUUCUCAAAUAAUUAGGGCUCCAGCUUGUACCUUUAGCCUUUGCCUUUUACAGAAACUGUGUUUACGGCCAUUUUUGGAGCUGUAAUUUCUAUAUAUAUAGUGGCGUUUCGCUUAGGGUUUUGUCUGUCCUUUGUUUAGGAAAGAAAUCUUGAGGCAUUCAGUUGCACCCGAAAUGGAUUAUGGUCGAGAAACUGGAAAUGUUGUUCAGAUUAUCACAGGAGGAGGUUCAAGAAAUGGAGCUGAUUAUUGGGGGGAUCAGCCAGUAUGGGCAACAGAGGAUGAAUAUGGUGUUUGGGAUAGGGAGGCAUCUGUUGAUACUACUUCGAAUUCGAAUUAUGAUGGGAGGCAAUCGCAAACUAGAUCUGGAAGUGAACCACCGAAUAAGAAGACACGAAAUGGGCAGGGAGGGGAUGUGCAGGCUUCUAGUCGUUCUAAAGCGAUUGGGAAAAUGUUCUUUAAGACGAAACUAUGCUGCAAGUUUAGGGCAGGUACUUGCCCUUAUAUCACAAAUUGUAAUUUUGCACAUAGCAUUGAAGAACUGAGAAGGCCGCCACCGAAUUGGCAAGAAAUUGUGGCUGCUCAUGAGGAAGAAAGGGCUGUUUCUUCUGAACCCAGGGAAGAAUUUCAAAUACCGUCACUUGGUUCUUCUAGUUUUACAGUGGACAGUCAGAGAUCUUACAAAGGGCGGCAUUGCAAGAAGUUCUAUACUGAAGAGGGGUGUCCGUAUGGUGAUAAUUGCACGUUUCUUCAUGAUGAGCAAUCGAAAGCUCGUGAAAGUGUUGUGAUAAGCUUGGGUCCUGGAUCUGGUGGUGGGUAUGGCGGUGUAGGAGCAAGUGGUGGUGGUGGUGGUGGAGCAGGAGGAGGAGGAGGAGGUGGUGGUGGCGGUGUCGGCGGCAGCGGUGGUGGUGUAGCAGAAGCAGCAGGAUCCAAUUCUAUCUUGAAGCCUUCAAAUUGGAAAACAAGAAUCUGUAACAAGUGGGAGCAAACAGGGUAUUGCCCAUUUGGGAGUAAGUGCCAUUUUGCUCAUGGUGCUGCAGAACUGCAUCGAUAUGGUGGGGGGCUUGUUGAUAUAGAUGCCAAAGAUUCUCCAACUGCAAUGGACUCGAACAAGCAAGGGGUCAUGUCUUCAAAAAUACCCAUUGAAACGGUGGUAGCUGCUGGUCCAUCAGCGGCUCAUUCCGACGGUUAUCAUGUUGGGGCUCCUUCUCAACGGCUGCCAGGCGUCAUUCCGAGGACUGGACAGAGACCCUUUCAAAAGUGGAAGGGCCCAGAUAAAAUUAGUCGUAUUUACGGGGACUGGAUUGAUGAGAUUGAAUAAGUUGCGGGUACAAAUGGAUUUUGUGUUUUGUGCUUGUUUGUUUUAACUUUUGAGAAUGUUGUUGUGGACUGAGAAGUGUAUUUUUGUUUGGAUUGCCGAAUGCUUUUCUUGUUGGAUGUCUUUUCUGUU